UAAUGACAAAUCAAAGAUGCCAAGAAAUUCAAUUACAAACAGGGCGUAGUUCGAUCUAGUUUUGUAUUUGCUGUAUGGGGUUUUUUAAUUUUUCUAUUUAUUUUCCUUUGUUAAAAAACACUUUAUAAAUAUUUAAGUUUUUGGUUACAAUUUAAGUUAUUGGAGGAAACAAUGUUUUCCACAAUUCUUGGACGUUCUUAUGUGUUGUUUCUCGUUCUGACAGUUGUGGGUGUGAUAGCACAAUACGAAUGGCAAUCAAGAGACGCCUUCGAUGAGAUAAAAAUUAAAUUUGACAAAGUAUCUCCUGACAAUUGUCCCAUUCAACAUGUCAGUGAUAUGUAUUUGCCCGAAGAUACAGUCUCGCACAAACCAGAUAUCAAAGAUAUCAAUGUUAAUCCGAUAUUCCCUAAUCGAACGGCUAUGUUGCAUUUGCAUAACAUGGCAAUGAGUCGUAGUUUCUUCUGGAGUUACAUACUCCAGAGUCGAUUCAUUCGACCGGCUAUUAAUGAUACCUAUGAUCCAGGAAUGAUGUAUUAUUUCUUAUCAACUGUCGCUGAUGUAUCUGCGAAUCCUUACAUUAACGCUUCAGCUAUUUACUUCUCACCAAAUAGCUCUUAUACAUCUUCGUAUCGUGGCUUCUUUAAUAAGACUUUUCCACGUUUUGCUCCACGUGCAUUCCGUUUGGAUGAUUUCAAUGAUCCAAUUCAUUUGCAAAAGAUUUCCACAAUGAACACUUUCGAUGUUCGUGAUUUGGGUGCAUCGCCGCCAGAUGCCAUUUCGAAAGAUUACACCUCUGAGUUGUAUAAAAUCAAUGAAUGGUAUCGAACUUGGUUGCCAGAUGAUGUCGAUAAGCGACAUGAUACCAAAACUACUUAUAAAGUACAAAUUCGUUAUGCCAAUAAUACGAAUGAGACUUAUACGUUCCAUGGACCUCCGGCAGCUGAUGAAACUCCGGGUCCAGUUAAAUGGACAAGGCCGUACUUUGAUUGUGGACGUUCGAAUAAGUGGUUGGUAUCGGCAGUUGUUCCUAUUGCUGAUAUCUAUCCUAGACACACACAGUUUAGACAUAUUGAAUAUCCAAAAUACACAGCAAUAGCUGUAUUAGAAAUGGAUUUUGAAAGGAUCGAUAUAAAUCAGUGUCCAAAAGGUGGUGGAAAUGAUAAACCGAAUCAUUUUGCCGAUACGGCGCGUUGUAAAAAGGCUACCACAGAAUGUGAGCCAUUGCAUGGGUGGGGCUUUAGAAGAGGUGGAUAUCAAUGUCGAUGUACGCCUGGCAAUCGACUGCCGAAUAAUGUAAGACGACCCUAUCUGGGGGAAAUAAUUGAACGGGCUUCUGCUGAACAGUAUUACAAUGGUUACAAUUGUAUGCCAAUUGGAUGGAUUCAAAAGUUACCAAUACGUUUGGAUCGUUCACCUUACCAUGUCAGGGAGAAAUACAUGGACCAACACGAGGAAUAUAGGAACUAUUCGACUAUGGCUAAUGCAAUGCAUGCAGAAAAAUUCAACAUUCAUCAAGUGCUUAAGUUUAUUGGAAGUGUGAAUCACGUGACUUGUAAAAAUUUUCAUCCUCAAGAUUUAAUACUACGUGGUGAUGUAAGUUUUGGAGCUAAGCAACAAUUUGAAAACGAGGCUAAGAUGGCAGUCCGUUUGGCCAAUUUCAUCAGUGCUUUUCUUCAGGUAUCUGAUCCAAACGAAGUUUAUUCAGGAAAGCGUGUAGCUGAUAAGCCUCUUACAGAAGAUCAAAUGUUUGGUGAAACCUUAGCUAUUGUGUUGGGCGACUCAAAAGUUUGGUCAGCCGCAACCUACUGGGAGCGCAAUAAAUUUACAAAUCGUACAUAUUUUGCACCGUUUGCAUACAAAAGUCAAUUGAAUACACGUGAUUUUAUGGUGGACGAUGUUGCACGUUUAAACAAAACUGAUGAACUUUAUACCGAAAAAAAAUCCUUUAAAUUCUUAAAACAACGCUGGUCGACAAAUUUCGAUGAUCUAGAAACGUUCUAUAUGAAAAUGAAGAUUCGUCACAAUGAAACUGGUGAAUAUUUGCAACAAUAUGAACACUAUCCAAAUUUCUAUCGUGCGGCCAACUUAAAACAUGGUUACUGGGGUCAGCCGUAUUUCGAUUGUGAUGGUCCUGUUAAACUAUGGUUGAUAACAUAUGCGGUGCCAUUCUUUGGAUGGGACAGUUUGAAAGUAAAAUUGGAGUUCAAGGGAGUCGUUGCUGUAUCCAUGGAUAUGCUUCAAUUGGAUAUUAAUCAAUGUCCAGACUGGUAUUAUGAACCAAACGCUUUUAAAAACACUGACAAAUGUGACAGACAAUCUUCUUAUUGUGUUCCAAUACUUGGUCGAGGCUAUACACCAGGAGGUUACAAAUGUGAAUGUCUGCAAGGUUACGAGUAUCCAUUUGAAGACUUAGUCACAUACUACGAUGGUCAACUGGUCGAAGGUGAAUUUGAAAAUAUUGUUGCAGACAUUCCGAAUCGAUACGAUAUGUUCAAGUGUCGUCUUGCUGGUGCGUCUACAAUUCAUGCAGCUGCAUCUUUAAUUAUUUCUCUAGUUGGAACCGUAUUAUUUCUUCUAUAUAAAUUAAGAUAAAACUUUUUACUUAAAAAUACGAAAAUCGAAUGUUUUGCGCAGUAAGCUCGAAGUACCAUAAAAAUCUCUUUAUCCGUCCAAAAGAUACCAGAAAUAAGACAAAAUAUCUGUCCAAAAGAUACUUCAAACUAAACAAAAAUGCAUAUCAAAUUAAGAUUCAAAAUAAGUUUUUAAGUAAUGUGCUGUUAGACAGUAGCAUUUUGUAACAAUUUGCAUUUCUUGACGUGACGUUUCAAUGUAGAUCCGUCAAAUGGUUUAUGUUAAAAUAAUAUUGUUAGAAUUAUGAUGUUCUCUGGUGUCUUAAAAUAUAAUAUUAGUGCCUUCUCAGGUUAAGUAAGUUUUUUACCUUCCACAGUAGAAAAAAACAACCAAAAGUAAAUUUGUAUUGAAUUUCGUUUACCUGUUUUUUCCUGUAUCAUGAUAGAAUCUUUUUUAAAAAUGAAUCGUCCAUAGGUUUUAAGUCUAUAUGUAUUUGUAUUAAAUUCAAUUUUUAUUAUUAACCAUAAAAUUUCUUUUAAAUAUUAAAAUGUAUGAAUUUUAAUGAUUUUAUACAAACGAUUGUUGUUUUAGAGUAGAUAAAUAUUAUGAAAAUUUUUAUACAAAAUUUAUAAUACAACAUUUUAAUAAAAAAAAUCACAAAUAUA